AUGGCUGACGGCACGGACGACUUUCAUUUGAAUCUGUACGGAUAUGUGCCCUCAAAGGCCGCCGGUUACAUUUUCGUAAUCAUAUUCAUCAUCACGACUCUCCUCCACGUUAUUCAAGCCGGCCGGUCGCGCGUAUGGUGGCUGUUUCCGACUGUCUGCAUCGCGGGGGUUGCAGAGAUAGUCGGUUGGGCGGCGCGGUUGAAAUCCGCCUAUGAUCCACUGGUCAGGACUUCGUACAUAAUUCAGGUAUCUAUACUCGUUAUUGCACCCACACCCUUGGUUGCUGCCCUGUUCAUGGGUUUUGCAAGGGUCGUCAGACGUCUCGGAGGCCAGUACAGUCGUUUGCGUUCCACAUGGUACUCGAGGUUCUUCUUGACGGCCGAUAUUUUCUCGCUCCUGAUCCAGGGUGGUGGCGGCGGCAUCGCUGCACAGGGCACCACCGAUCCUCACAAAGCCCGUCUUGGAAGCAACAUCAUUCUGGGCGGUCUCUUUGUACAGAUCAUCUCCAUGACCUUCUUUUCUUUCCUUAUGGGCGAGUACGCAUGGCGCCGUUCGAAAGAUCGCCCAUUCCAUAAAGUCGACUCCAUCGAAGGCCAGUACCAGCGCUCACAGCCCAUGGACCGCAACAUGAAGAUGCUCAUCUUUGGCAUCAUCAUCCCGACCGCCGCCGUGUACAUCCGUUCCGUUUACCGUAUCAUAGAGUUCAUCGACGGCUUCAACGGGUCAAUAGCGCACAACCAGGUCACCUUCAUUAUAUUCGACGCGUGUCUAGUGACGCUGGCUCUGUACACCCUCAACGUGAUGCAUCCUGGUACUCUCCUCAAUGCGACGGCUCAGACGCAAAGCUAUGCCAUGACUGAAGCGAGGACGCCAUCGCAAAAAUGA